AUACGCAUUCCAUGGCAUACUGUUGGAAUAAAGUAACAACUAAUGUUGCAAUAUUGCAGACUUGCAUUGGUUAUAGAGUGAAACGAAAAUGGUGAAGAUAUGUUGCAUUGGUGCGGGAUAUGUUGGGGGACCUACAAUGGCAGUGAUUGCACUUAAGUGCCCAUCUGUUGAAGUUGUUGUCGUUGAUAUCUGGGAUAAACGGAUUGCAGCUUGGAACAGUGACCAACUUCCCAUUUAUGAACCCGGCCUCGAUGAUGUCGUGAAGCAGUGCCGCGGCAAGAACCUCUUCUUCAGCACUGAUGUGAAGAAGCACGUCAAGGAAGCCGAUAUAGUGUUUGUCUCCGUCAACACCCCGACCAAAACUACGGGUCUUGGAGCAGGCAAAGCUGCAGAUUUGACAUAUUGGGAGAGUGCUGCUCGUAUGAUUGCAGAUGUGUCCGACUCUAGCAAAGUUGUUGUUGAAAAAUCGACCGUCCCUGUCAAAACAGCUGAGGCAAUAGAAAAAAUUUUGACCCACAACGGCAAGGGAAUCAAAUUCCAGAUCCUCUCAAACCCUGAAUUCCUUGCCGAGGGAACUGCGAUCGAAGAUCUUUUUAAACCGGACCGGGUCCUCAUUGGUGGCAGGGAAACCGCUGAAGGCCAGAAGGCCAUCAAAGCAUUGAAGGAUGUUUAUGCUCAGUGGGUUCCUGAAGACCGUAUCCUAACCACCAAUCUUUGGUCCGCAGAGCUCUCCAAGCUUGCUGCCAAUGCGUUCUUGGCACAGAGAAUAUCGUCUGUUAAUUCCAUGUCUGCGCUUUGUGAGGCUACUGGGGCCAAUGUUACACAGGUUUCACACGCUGUUGGUAAGGACACUAGGAUAGGCCGGAAGUUUCUUAACGCUAGUGUCGGUUUUGGGGGAUCCUGCUUCCAGAAGGACAUCCUGAAUCUUGUUUACAUCUGUGAAUGCAAUGGCCUUCCGGAGGUGGCAGAGUACUGGAAACAGGUUGUGAAGAUCAAUGAGUACCAAAAGAGCCGUUUUGUGAACCGUGUAGUUGCAUCCAUGUUCAACACUGUGUCGACAAAGAAGAUAGCAAUACUAGGGUUUGCCUUCAAGAAAGAUACUGGUGAUACAAGGGAGACCCCAGCAAUUGAUGUGUGCAAGGGGUUGUUGGUUGACAAGGCCGAACUGAGCAUAUAUGAUCCGCAGGUAACCGAGGACCAGAUCCGCAGGGACUUGACUAUGAGAAAGUUCGACUGGGAUCACCCGAUGCACCUGCAACCGAUGAGCAGUAGUAGCACUCUGGAGCAAGUGUGUGUGGUCUCGGAUGCCUAUGAGGCAACAAAGGGUGCCCAUGGUAUUUGCAUUCUCACUGAAUGGGAUGAGUUUAAGACUCUCGAUUACAACAAGAUAUAUGAGAAUAUGAAGAAACCGGCAUUCAUUUUCGACGGUAGGCAUGUUAUCGAUGUAGAUAAACUGCGCGAAAUUGGCUUUAUUGUCUUCGCAAUUGGUAAGCCCCUGGAUGCAUGGCUCAAGGACAUGCCUGCUGUCGCAUAAAACUAUAACUGCUGCUCAGUUUUCAUUCCAACUCCUCCAAGUCUUGUUUUUAUGUCUGUUUGUAUUGUUGUUGUUGUUGUUAGUAUUAUCUUUGAUUAAUUCCAUAUAUUUAGAUGUGGUAACACACCACAUCACGUCGCAGAUGAGGAAAUAAUGUCCA